AUGUCAUGUAUUGGCACUCGCUUGACCGACAGACCUCAAUAUCGUCACGAUAUAGAGCUCUGGGAAAUGCUCUUAAUUGCCCAAGCUCUUCAGAAUGGCCACGAGGGUAUCAAAGCCAUCUGGAGGGGAAUGAAAUUCCGAGGGGAAGCAUUCCGCUUGGAAGGAGACGAUCCUCGCGUUGAUGCUCUAUGGAAGACUUUUCUCUCCGCGGGCGCCGAAGACCACCAGUUUCUCUGGUCAAUGUGCAAGGAAGCCAAACUGUUGAGGUACAAACGUCCACACUUAUUCGCAGAAAUUGUCGGAGCAGCUUUGGAGGGUUCCAACCCUUUGGAAGCUCCCCAUUUUGCAGCCUUUCUUGGAGAGAAGCACUUCAGAGGACGGGAAGGCCUGCUAGCUACGUUCUCCGCUGCGUGUGAAUCACGGAACCCAGAUGCUCUCAAAGCUUUCUGCCAGGUGUAUGACAUGGUACCCCGAACCUCAAUCUACGCAGCGACCAUCUCCAUGCUCUGGGAACAGGAACGGCCAGAAGAUGCCUUCAUGUUGCAUUCGUUCUUAAUCUCGAGGAAAGACUUGCCUCCCCGAUUCGAGUUGCUGGAACCAUUCAUCAACUACCUGGCACUUCACAAUGAAAGUCUGGACAAGUUCUUGUCACCACUGAGUGCGGCGGGAAUCUCCUUCGAGGCGCAGGCGAGGCGGUUAUGGUCCAUCGGUAGAAGUAGAGUUACCGGCGUGCCAGCGGAGUCACUCAACAUUGUGGCGAGCAAAACCAUGGGCGCGAACCCGAACAAACUCAGCGAUCAGUUCGUUGCACGUGCGUUUGCCACUCGAGCUUUCUCAUUCGACUUCGCUGUCCACAGUCUCAGGAUGAUUGGGCUGAUCGAAGUCGGGCCACUGGCGGUUCGACAAAUGGCUGCGACUUCGCCGGACUUGAUCACUUUGCAAGCUCGAUUUCAGAAACUCCGAGAGCUCGAGAUUGACACUGGAGCUUCUGUCUUCGUACGAGUGCUCAGAAAUGUUUGCGAUGCAGGCUAUUGGGAGAUGGUCGAAUCAUUGAUAGAUAACGACCUCCACCAUGAGGUAUUCGAAGAUAUCGACGUGCAAAAACGACUGUUGACAGAAUAUUACCGAAAGCGAGACUGGCGCCAGUUGAACCGGACACUGGCGAUCCUUAACAAUGGCCGGUUGGACGACCCAUCCAAACGCCGGGCUGCAAAUCUCCUGCUAAUUACCAUGGUGGAAGCAGGUGACUGGAGCUCAGUUAUCAACUGUGCAACAUCUUUGCAAGAGCGGGGGUGGCAGCUCUCCUCUGCCUUUCCAAGAGCCCUUGCACCCUCCUUCCGCAUAACUGCCCAGCACUCGCCUUCUCCUCUUCAGGAACCGAGUGUCGACCACAGCUCGCUGAUAAUAGGUUUGAUGCAGAAAGCAUUGGCGUCUAGGACUAAUGUGAAGUUCAAGUACUGGCGACAGGCAAUGAGGGCGCUUGGCCGACAAGGACGCCUAGAAGAGCUGGAGGCGCUGGUUUACUGGGUCGCUGAAUGGUUCAGGCACGAUGGCCUCCAUCGCGAAGUCCUAGAUGUGCCCAUUUCGCACGAUUGGGUGGAGUGGAAAGAUCUUUUCGACGACAAAUUCCAGAAGUCCGUGAUGUCAUGGUGCUUCCGGCCACGCAAGGGGAUACGCAUCGUUUCUGCGGAGAGGUGUCUUCGGUGGACUCGCAUGCUGAAAAGACUUCGUGACGGAUACGGCAUCGAAGUCAGAGAGUACGUGAUUCGAUGGGAGUUUAUCAAACGACUUCGGCGGCUCUUUGCUGUUGGGAUGCAGGUGAAGAGGCACAAUGCGUCGAUGCGGGCUCGAAAUCGGGUAUCCAUCACCCGCUACUGGACGCUCUAUGACAAGAUGUGGGAUAUGAAGCCAGCUGGGAAGGUCAACUAUGAUGACCGAGUCAGAAUUUGUCUGCAUCAUCGAAAGUUGAGCUCUCCAAAGAGAAGACGCAUGCACGAGCAUUGGAUGAGCAGAAGGGCGGCACAAAAGUUGAUCAAGCCCAUUGCGGAUGACCAUGGACGGGACAGUGUACAGGGGGACAUCGUCGGCUACAGAGACAUGUUCAAUGCGUCCUGGGAAGACUAUCAAAAGUGA